GGGAGCGCCAGUCGGGAAAUUCAACUGCGCAACGGGCUGGACUUUCCAGGCACCGCCGCCCCACCCGCCACAGGGGACGGGGGGGGGGAGGGAAGGCAGCCCACCCCUCCCUCCCCAUGGGCGAGGAAUGCCAGCCUGGGGGUCCCGGCAGGACCUGGGCGAGGGGGGGUCUUCAGCUGCCCCGCAGUGCCAGGGCUCCCCACUUGCCUCCCAGGCCACGGACUCAUUCCUCGUCGGUCAGCGAGACACAAGUCGGCGUCCGCACCAUGGCGGGAGAGUAGCCGUACCCCCCCACCAGCCACGCCUCGUGGCCCGAGACGGCGCAUGGGCCCGGUGUGGGGGGGAACCCAGCCCAUGAGAAAGCAACGCGGAGAGCAUGUUCCUCCUCUGCAUUCUAUGUGGUUGUGACCGCCGGAGGCUUUAGACCCGGAGGAGGUCUACAUUAUCAGCGGCUGGCGGGGGGGCGCCUGUCGCCCGGAUCUGGGGGGGGUGGAGGGUGGGGAACGAAGACGCGUCCACAGCGGCAGAAAGACUGGAUGCAUCGAACGUUGGAACAGUUAGGGGUCCGUGCCGGGCGGGACCCUUUUUCUCUCGGCAACCUGGGUUGCAGCGGAGCCUGGAGUUCGUGCCAUUCUCGCCCAUGGCUCCCAGGGGGCAGGUGCUCCGCCAGUGCCGUCCAGCCACCUCUACCCCUGCCGUUACCGCCCAGCCAUGGUGCUAAUUUGGGGCAGUACAGCAAAGGCUACUAUGCCCCCGGGAACCUUCCGCCCCGCCCCCUGCACGGGAAACUGGAGGCCAUCCAUGGCUGCGUCCAGGCACUGCUCCGUGACCAGGGCCAGCCCCACCUCUGGGAACAACUGGGGGAGAUUUACGAAUCCGAGCAAGACUGCGAGGAAGCCAUUCGGUGCUAUCAAAAUGCCGCUCGCUACCAGCGCGACUACGGAAGCUACGGGAAGAUGCACGCCCAGAUCGGGAGGCUGCAACAGGCUCAGCUGUGGAAUUUCCAUUCGGGGGGGUCAUCUCAUCUCCGGCACAAGGUUUUACCCCCUUUGCAACAAGUCUGGAACCUGUUACAUCUUGAGAAAAGGAAUUUCUCGGCGAAGCGCAACCCCCAACUCAAGAGGCCUGGCCCCCCCAUGGAGCCCCCCGUGGUCCAGCCCAUCCCGCCGGUCCAGCAUCCAGCCCACCUGGGCCACGGCGAAGAGAUGCCGGCGCCCAUGAAGAGACGGCGCAGCACCAGUCCCGAUCAGAAUGGUGGUAAUGGGGGAGGCCAGCACCUCUCCGGUCCCGGAGCCCCCGGCAACCCCCACUAUCAGCUGCCCAAGCCUGGAUUAUGGAGCCCCCUCCAUGGAGACCAUUGGGCCCAGGAGCGCAAGAACUUGGCCGUCCCAGAGAGACAAGAGCAGAGGAAUUCCGUGGCUCACCCUUUCCCCUACCCGUCACCCGCCUACAGCUCCCACCCGCCUCCCCACCGCCUGCCGGCCAUGGCGCCCACUCCCCGCACACCGCCAGCACAUCGCGCCCCCCUCGAGCCCCACGGCUGCUCGGCCCGGCCCAACGGAAGUGACCUUAGAGACGGCCGAGUCUCCCGGAUGCGUCCAGAGUCCACCACCACACCAGCAACAACCGCCUGCGUGCCUUAUGCCCCGCGCCCGACCCCGGGAGGACCCACCACCACCAGCAGCAGCAGCAGCAAGACCACCUCACGGGGGGCCCUGGCCUCGGAAAGCCUUGGUUCUUCUAAUCAUUACCAAACGCCGGCUAUGGAGUCGUCCAGCCCGACGGCGGAGAACGGUGGACGCAAACCGCCCCCACCCUCCCGCCCCGCCCCUUGCCUCGCCCCCCGCAACCUGCCCUGUGCGCGCAUGCAGCCCCCACCUCCCAACCUCGCUGGGCCACCGCCAGCCACCGCCCCACCCCCUCCCUCGGCUCCCCAGUGCCCCCCAGCCCCUCCUCCUCCUCCCCCUCCCCCUCCGUUGCCCUGGCUGAACAAAGCGGGGGAGGGCAAGGCCGAGGACGAAGACCCCCUGGGGGACAUCCUCUUUGGGUGCGGUGGGGAACCCUGCGGGGCCGACCCCCCGUCCUUGGCCCAUUGCGACUCGGGGUGCGGCUUCCAGGAUUCGGGGCCCAGCAGUCAGCAAGGGAGCUUCUCCCGUCCCCAUGAAGGGACUGGGGACACUCCCGGGCCGGCCAGCCCCGAGCCUUCGCCAGCCCCCCAAUUUUGGCUUUCUGAGAGCAGCCGGGAAGAGAACGGAUCCGGGGGUGCCAGGCCCCGGAAUCCGAGCCCCUCAAUUACCUCAGGAACCUUCAGGUCCCCAGAAAGCCCCCCACCGUUGCCGGUGCCGCCACCGCCACCACCCCCGCUGCCUCCACCGUCCCGGGCCUCGUAUCCAAAGACCCCGGAGCCGCCAGGGGUGCCCCCCGCCAUGGAGGCAUCCUCCGACCGCCUCUUCGGCUUUGCCAGCCCUCCGUUAGAAGAUCAGUUUGAGGAACCCCCUGAGUUCUCCAAGAUUUUGCCGGACGGGCUGGCCAACAUCAUGAAAAUGCUGGACGAAUCCAUCCGGCGCGGGGAAGAAGAGCGGGAGGAGAGCUUUCCACCGCCGCCACCCCCUGCCGCCCUGCUCCCUAGCCCCCCACCCCUGGCAAGGCCCAAGCUGCCCUCGGCCUCCGCUGGUUCCUUCGAUUACCCCAAACCACCUGGGCAGGACCCCCCCGAACCCCCUUGCCUCUAUCGCUUCGGCAAGCGGGACACGGAAGAGCAGCGUCCCCCGGCACUGGCCGCCGCGGGCUCCGGCGGGGCGAAGUUUGCCCCCCACAACACCCCGUCCCUUCUCAAGUCUUUGGCCAAUGUGCUGGAAGGGCAGAAACACUCCUAUCGGCUAAAACCGAUAACUCCCCCCGGUGCUAAGAUCUCCCCCCCAGCCGGUGCGAGCCAGAGCCCCCUACCCCAAUUCACUACCUCAGGCCAAGCGUGGGCUGAGGCCCCUGGCGGUGCCACGAAGGAACGCACCUCCACGCCGCCACCCCUGCCCACCCCUCGGCCGGUGAAGACCGAGUCGGAAGUGUUGGAGGAGAUCAGCCGCGCCUGCGAGACCCUGGUGGGACGAGCGGGACGGGAGAAGAGCCCCCCGCCUCCUGCUAGUCCCCCACCCGCCCCGGCCUCCCCUCCGCCCGCUCCUCUCCCGGCCACUGUGCCUCCAGCGCCCCCGCCACCGACCCCUCCGCGCCCCAAGGACGAAUCCCGUAAGCCACACAUGGAACACCGCCGGCACCGUCGGUCCAACCGCGACGGCUCGCGGAGACACCGGGAUGGUAAAGCUCGCAAGGGGAAGAACCGGCAGAUCCUGGGCAGUUUGGACGUGCAGAGCUCCGAGGGCCAAGCCCGGGAGAACGGGGCCAAGCCCCCGCCGCCACCCCCGCCGCCUCCACCCGAGCGGAGGUCUCCGGUCAAGAAGGAAGAAGGCCCGGUGGGCUCAAUGUCCACCAUGGUGUGCUCGGCCGACCUGCUGAAGCUGCGCUCCUUCACGGAGGGUCCCCCUAAGGAGCUGAAGAUCCGGCUGAUCAAGGUGGAGAGCGGGGACAAGGAGACCUUCAUCGCCUCCGAAGUCGAGGAGCGACGCAUCCCCCUGAGCGAGGUCACCAUCAACCACUCGGCCGCGGAGGUCGUAAGGGCCAGCAAGCACGCCAAGGUGAAAGGGAAAUUUAAGGAAUCGUAUUUAUCCCAAAGUCACUCCGUCAAGCCGCAGAUCAACAUGGACGAAAAACUUCCCCGGGAUAAACUCAACCCUCCAACGCCAAGCAUCUAUUUGGAGAGCAAGCGGGAUGCUUUCUCUCCCGUCUUGCUGCAAUUCUGCACCGAUCCCAAGAAUCCCAUCACCGUCAUCCGCGGCCUGGCCGGAUCUCUCCGACUCAAUCUGGGGCUGUUCAGCACAAAGACGCUGGUGGAGGCGAGUGGCGAGCACGCCGUGGAAGUCCGCACACAAGUGCAGCAGCCGUCCGACGAGAACUGGGACCUCUCAGGCACCAAGCAAGUUUGGCCGUGCGAGAGCAGCCGUUCGCACACCACCAUCGCCAAGUAUGCCCAGUACCAAGCGGCUUCGUUCCAGGAGUCGCUUCAGGAGGACAAAGAGACAGACGAUGAGGAGACCGAGGAGCCAGACAGCACCACAGAGACGCCGCCCAGCAGCAACCCGGAUCAGAAGCCGCACCAAAUAAUCAAGUUUGGGACCAACAUCGACCUCUCGGAUGCCAAGCGAUGGAAGCCGCAGCUCCAGGAAUUGCUGAAACUGCCUGCCUUUAUGCGAGUUACGUCGACGGGGAACAUGUUGAGCCACGUGGGCCAUACCAUUUUGGGCAUGAACACGGUGCAACUCUACAUGAAGGUUCCUGGCAGCCGUACUCCAGGUCACCAGGAGAACAACAACUUCUGCUCCGUGAACAUCAACAUUGGACCCGGGGACUGCGAGUGGUUUGCUGUCCACGAACAUUACUGGCAGAACAUCAGUGCCUUCUGUGACAGGCAUGGGGUAGAUUAUCUCACCGGCUCCUGGUGGCCCAUCCUAGAAGACCUCUACCAGUCCAACAUCCCCGUCUACCGCUUCAUCCAGCGUCCGGGAGACCUGGUGUGGAUCAACGCCGGGACGGUGCACUGGGUACAGGCCACGGGAUGGUGCAACAACAUUGCGUGGAACGUCGGUCCCCUGACAGCUUACCAGUACCAGCUGGCGCUCGAACGCUACGAAUGGAACGAGGUGAAGAACGUCAAGUCUAUCGUGCCCAUGAUCCACGUCUCCUGGAACGUCGCGCGGACGGUCAAGAUCAGCGACUCGGACUUGUACAAGAUGAUCAAGUACUGCCUCAUGCAGUCCAUCAAGCACUGUCAGGUCCAGCGGGAAAGCCUCGUCCGAUCCGGGAAGAAGAUCGCGUACCAAGGGAGGGUGAAGGACGAGCCGGCCUACUACUGCAACGAAUGUGAUGUGGAGGUGUUCAACAUCCUUUUCGUGACCAGCGAAAAUGGCAGCAAGAACACAUACCUGGUGCACUGCGAGGCCUGCGCCCGGAAACGGAACUCGUCCCUCCACGGCGUUGUGGUACUCGAACAGUACAAAACCGAAGAAUUGAUCGCCAUCUACGACAGCUUCACCCUGGCCCCGACGCCGAGUUCAAGAUGAGCCAUAUCACACCCAGACGCCGAUGUCUGGGCUCGCUUUCCCAUGCUCGUUUCUCCCACUCCACUGUGAGUAUCUGGGGCAGAAGGUGCUGUAGCCCCCUUCUCUGCCUCCACCCAUCCCGAAACCGAGCCUCGAUUUCCCCUCCGUUGCUUCCUCGCAAGCUGUCCUGAGCCGGAAGGGGCACGGAACCGAUCACGAGCUUCAUUUCUCUCCCUUCCUCCCUCCGGAUGGACGCUGUCUUUUUAAUUUAUUCUUCUUCAAAAAGAGAAAAAAGAAAAAAG